UCACCUUAGCGGAUACAUCCUCAAUUGCUGUGAAGGCGCCCACACCCUUGAACAACCAGGCUAUUGGUGAUCGUGGGGAUUAAAAUGUGCAGCGUGAAGGGUACACCGAAUCCCCAGGUUUUCAUGGACAUCACUGCAGAUGGGGAGACCUUGGGCCGCAUCGUGAUUGAGCUCAAAGCUGAUGUGGUCCCAAAAACUGCAGAAAAUUUCCGUGCACUCUGCACUCAUGAGAAGGGGUUUGGUUAUAAGGACUCAACAUUCCACAGAGUAAUUCCUAACUUCAUGUGCCAGGGUGGUGACUUCACAAGAAACGAUGGGACUGGUGGCAAGUCCAUCUAUGGAAAUAAGUUCAACGAUGAGAAUUUCAAGUUGCAGCACACAGGAUUGGGUACUCUUUCAAUGGCCAAUGCUGGGCCAGGUACAAAUGGUUCCCAGUUCUUUAUCUGCCUUAACAAAACCCCUUGGUUAGAUGGAAAACAUGUUGUCUUUGGUUCCGUGAUUAAAGGAAUCGAGGUUGUGAAGAAGAUGGGGACGUUGGGCAGCGACAAUGGUAAAACCUCAAAGAAAAUUAUCAUCGCUGAUUGUGGACAGCUGGCUUAAUUUUAUUUACAAAUCGAAUUGUAGAAUUUAAAUAAAACAAGUCAUUUCUGCUUCUA